AUGUCAAUGUCAGCUCUCCGAAAGAGCUUUGCAGCUGUGAAUUGGGGAAUUUUAGGUGUAAGAUUAACGCGCAGAUAUAUAUUUACGUACAAAAUGAGUGAGAAACCAGCAGAUUACAGUGUAACCAAUGGUUUUGAAAGUAAAACCCCGUUCCUGAUAGGCGUAGCAGGCGGUACAGCCAGCGGAAAGUCAACAGUAUGCCAAAGAAUAAUGGAAAAGCUUGGACAGCAACAGAAGGAGCAGACAGAGAGACGUGUCGUGUGCAUCAGCCAGGACUCUUUCUACCGCUCACUCACACCCUCAGAGAGGCUCAGAGCUGAACGAGGACAGUUUAAUUUUGAUCAUCCAGAUGCGUUUGAUGAUAAGAAACUACUCACAACAUUGAGGGAAAUACUUGCUGGAAGGAAAGUUGAAGUCCCAGAAUAUGAUUACAUUUCAAAUUCCAUAAGUGAGCGUUCGCACACCAUCUACCCAGCCGACGUGGUGCUGAUCGAGGGCAUCCUCGUGUUCUACUUCCCGGAGGUGCGGGAGCUGUUCCACAUGAAGCUGUUUGUGGAUACCGACUCGGAUACUAGACUGGCGAGACGAGUGCCACGUGACAUAAUGGAGCGUGGUCGCGACUUGGAGCAGGUCCUCAACCAGUACAUGAACUUUGUGAAACCGGCCUUCGAGGAGUUUUGCCUGCCGACUAAGAAAUUCGCUGACGUCAUCAUACCACGCGGAGCGGACAACUUAGUGGCUAUUGACUUAAUCGUGCACCAUAUUUGGGACAUUAUGUACAAGAAACGGCCGCGCGCUAACGGGUGUAACGGCCACGCGGAGGAAGAUGGCCGCCGGAUGUCCGGCAGCUCGGAGGACACGUUGAGUCGAUGAGUAUCUGUAUGAUGGGAUAGGUGGCUGUAACAGUAUGGACGGUUUGAUGGGAUUUUUCGUUGCAAUGAUGUAUAUUUUUUGUAUAUUUUUGUUGAAAUUUUUCUGCUCUAAAGACGGACGGAGGCACUUAUUACUUAAUAAGUACAAUGUGUAAAACAUGAUUCGGUUGCUAUGAUGCGAUGUAAGAUGUAUCACAAAAUGUAACUUAUAAAAUUACAGUUGGUAAUUAAAAAAAAAAAUGUGUUUUUGGUGAUUAGGUUUUUUAAAUUUAACCUUUGCCACUCACUCGGUUGAUCAUGAAACUGCUAAGUGCCAAUAAAGUAUCGAAUCUAAAUAUCAAGGUGAAAGCGAGAUAGCUUGCGGUGAAAUACCUGUUUACGGCGUUUUUUUAUAGUUACAAUUUAUAAGUCAACCUUCUUGGGCACGAAAUUUACGUUUCUUGACAAUUUCAACAAACCGUCCUAACAUGAACGGAAUGAACAAGACAGUGACUAAAGUAAUAAUCAAAAAACGUUUUUAAAGGAGUAAUAAAAGCCAAUGUAAAUUAUAAUUGAAAACUGAGUAAAAAAAUUGUCUAUAGUAUUAUCCCAUCAAAAAGUUUCAUACUCUGUAUACGUUUUCGAUGCUGGUAACUUUAUAGACUAGGGUAUGUUUAAGUCUCAAAGUUCGGGAUUUUUAAACAUAGACUAAGGCAUUUAAAUGGACAUGAUAAUAAUGAAUUCCCGAAUGUAUAGGACUGUAAAUUGUAAUAUACAAUUAAGUUUUAAUUGAAUAAUAAAAUGAUUUCGUUGUAAAUAAAAGUAUUGAUUUUAAAAUGUUGACAUUCGUGAUGCGAUUUUGGACUGAAUUAAACAUUAUCAAGUUGCUGAAACAAUGGACUUUUAAAUGUAAUGGAGUGUUAAAAAGUCAUAUUUCUAUAUAUUCGGGCAUAAAUUAUGACCAUAGAGUUACACAACUCUUAAACGUAGAUAUUAUAUCGAUUGCAUUGACUAUGUAUGCGUGAAAAUAUUCCUAAGCAUGCAUACUCAUAGAUUUUGAGCUAAGCUUGAUCCCGAAACUGAAAUUUUACAUAAAUACAAUGGGAUAAAUUAUAAAAAAAAUAAUAUUAUUCAGAGUAAAUUGGUUUUAGAUGAAAAUUAAUACACUGAAUUAAGUACAAACUGUGACUAAUUUAUUGUGUAUUAACUGACAUCGUUUGAUACAGAAGUAACUUAUUGUCUAUGCCCAUAAUCAGUAUGAAAAAACUUAGCUUGGUCUAUGACUAUACAAUUAUACAUACAACUGCGUACGUACGUACGUCAUCGACUUAUUAUAAGCGCAUAGACAUUUAUAUAGUAAAGCAUUUAUGCUCCAGCAAAUAGGUUAGAUCGAUAUUUUUAUACAUGGUAUACAUUUGCUUUUACAAUCUGCGCGUAACGUAUGAUAUUAAAGUUUUUGAUUUCUUGAUAUUUUGGAAUUCUUGCGCUUAUCUCGUUUUGGGUUUAUAAGUAUCAAGAAAUUUAAAAUUAAACGUUAAUGCCCCAAUUUAACAUCUUUUCCAUCGCCAUUUUACGUUCUGUUUAGCGCACAUAUAUUAAAUAUAUAAAAUUUACAUUGUAUUUGGCUUAUGAAUGUACUUUAAAAUGUACUCUUUGUCUAUGUUAAAUGAAUUUAACAAAUGUAUUAAACUUUAGUAUUUGUAUGUCAUAUUUUGGAAAAUAUAAAGUUUUGACCUUUGUAAUUUAAACUCUUCUGCAUGUGAAAAUAUGAAUAUUAAUUACAAAAUAUUUUUGUUGUCAUUGAAAUUUUGCGCAAAACUCAAAUAACUAAUUUGUAUAAUAUUAAUAAUGGCAACACUUCUGCACAAAAAUUAUAAUAAUUGAUAUAAUUUUUUUUGUCUAUGACAAUCAUACUUUUUCGUUGUCUAUUAAUAUCAAAUCGCGCCAAUC